CAAGCUUUAACCACCAUAGCAGCAAACUCUGAGCUCGUCGAAGAGAGGGUCCGAGAACACAUUUCUUUGAACACUUCCUUCCGUCUGUGUCAGUCGAUUGCGACUGUUGUAGAUAAACGAGCUGCAGCGCGACAAGAACGUGCCGUGGAUAUGGAGAAAGAACUCCAACGCAUAUUCUCCGUGAGUGGGGUUCCGUAUAUCACCGCCUGAAGCUCGAGGCUCAUUGUGCACGUCUGGGACGAAGGCAAACUUGACCUGGACAGGGACCGUAGUAGCCUCGGCUGCUCUGGCCUGCUCUGCUCUGCUCUGUGCUCUGCUCUGCACUUGCACCUCCCUCACUUGAAGCAAGUUUGACAGAUUGUAGAGUCGCGAGUUGGGCAGCUGAGCCGGAGAGACCCGGCCAUUUAGGAGGAACACGGUCGAAAAGCCUGGUCGAAAAGCCAGGGACGUGACAGUGCAGCAUGAUGAUGGCUCGAGCAAGCAGCUCACUGUUGUUGCUGCUGUUCGUCAGCACGGGCUUGCUGCACAGCGCAUCUGCCGUGACGCAUAUUGUGGGAGGCGAUCAGGGCUGGACUAUGAGGAACAUUUCCAUGACAUUCUACGAUGAGUGGGCUAAGAAACAAACAUUCAAUGUGGAUGACAAACUACUCUUCGUGUACGCACAGGGUACACACAAUGUUUGGGUGGUGACGGUGGAAGAGGCGGCUUCUUGUCAGAUGGCGAAUUCCCUAGAGCACUACGAAGACGCCAAUGCAACCAUCGAUCUGUACAGAGCUGGUGAGUAUGGCUUCGUGUGCCAGUACACGGGGCAUUGCACUGGUGGCAUGAAAAUGAGCUUGACCGUCGCAGCCCCUGCGCCAGUGCCAGGACCUGCUCUCGCACCUUCCGACGAGAGCCCUGCUGAGGUUCCACCUCCGGACGAGGUGAUUCCGGAAGAACCGCCUGCUGAUACCACACCACCAGCACCACCCUCGGCCGCCUCGUUUCUUCGACCAUUGCCUGCUCUUGUCUCUGGAGGUCUGUUCGCGUGUGUAGUUCAUUUGUUAGCGUAGAUGCAGUAGAAUACAUUUGAAAGAUAUUUCGCCCUUUUUGGGCGCCAUGCAUCUCUUCUGUCCAGCCUGGAAGUGUUUUGACUUCCAGUGAGCAUCAAGAGGUCCUGUGUGGGAAACAUGGGCUGCAGUGGAGACGGGAUGACAAGCAGUGAGUUAGUUCUAUUUUUUCUUUGUCCUUAUGUUUUAGCUUCACCAUCACUUAGGACUGUGUAUCAUUCAUGUCAAUCGACCUUGUACUGAUAUAUUUUCACUCAGGGCUUAGACAUUGACAAAGAUCAAGAGUUUGGAGCAAAGGGAAUCCAAAAGUUAGCGAGCAUGUUUUGUUAUUACAGCCAACACCUAGCUCUAGAUCAGGAUAGUUACAUCAUCAUUAUGCCUUCACGAUUGGCAACUCAUCAUUAGCAUGGGUUCAGUGCCCCAUUGCCUACUGAAUUUAAAUGAAAUGUCGACACAAAAUUUGCAGU